AUUUGAAGCCCCGCUACGCUCAGCCGCAAUCUACCUAAGCAUGCGGAAGGAAAUCAUAUGUAAAGACUUUGUGGAAAAGAUGCGCGCGACUUUCUGCAGCAAACACCAAGUGCCAGAUGUGUCAUCGGAAGAAACUAGACGUGAACAUUCUCCAAAUCGGACAUAAAUCGGCACAUCUCUCGAUUAUCUCUACUCGAAAUCCCGGCACCAUAUCGUCGAAGCAUGGCGCGGUGGAGUCUUUGGAAGCGGGAGAAAACCGCAUUUCUCUUGCGAGGUCGCCCGGGACACUCUGACAAUGUCAUGCAACACAUCACGGCCCGCGGUAGUGUUGAGAUCCUCGUCACCUAUGACGGACUGUACUGGGCCAAGUUCCAAGGAGAGUUCCGGGGAUUCCUCUUCUUCAGCAUUGAGUUAAAACAGCGGAAUGCUGCUGUACUCAGGGACGCCCAGAUUACGUUCUCGUUCGACUGUCACCCGGCUGAAAAAGAGUGCCACACCGAGGCUGGGGAUGCUGCUUGCCAGAACCCAGACCGAAGAAACAGAGGAGUUGUCCAAGUUGCCCUGCCAUCUGCCGUGUCUGGCAAGAAGGUCAACCGGCACAUCGCGCGACAUGACCAGUACCAGGUGGCUCCAAGUUUCGAAUUCCCAGCAAUUGGGAGCCUCACACUGGGCUCUUGGCAACGUGACACUGAAUACACCGAGGAUCGAGCUCGAGGUUGGACUUUCGACUCACGUCGUCUCCCACCGACCAAGUACAAUACAUUCCCCAAGCUUACAAACGCGAGCUACGAAUACAAGUACAACGAGAACGACACCGAAGAUUACCCCAAGAUCAUAAACGUUGCGGUCAUCCUCGAUUGCACCCAGGUGCACCCACCUUCAGGCGAUGCCGAGAAGAGUGAUUCCUCACUACCACUGACCCUCACCAUUGAUGGAUCGUUGGGGCGCUUCUUGACGCACUUCUCCAAGCUCAAGAACCACGAGGUUUCCAUUGCGACUGGGGACGAUAUUAGGGAUCGGGGCACUCUCAUCCAGCGGAUCCAGAAAUUAAACUCCCAGAACGACGAUAUGGGAGUUGACAUCUUUGACGUAAAGUGGCCUAGCACCAGCGAGAAUGAUGGUACCGUCACGCCCACCGCCGAUGGCAGGGAAGGCGUCUACCCGCACAGAGAUUCGAAAAAAAGGCGACGACACAGCAGUUGGGAGGAUGGAAAAGCUACUCAACAUGCAGCAGGCUUUCCAGUAUAAGUUCAUCAAAGAAUGGGAUGGGGGCGUGAGGUUGUGUGGGAGCUGGGUGAGAACCGUAUAUACUUGAGGAUUUGAGGAGGGAGUCGGGCAUGGAGCCUAGGCGGUGCCAGCAGCGGGAAUGCAUGAGCGCAUGAAAAGUCAGCUUACUUUGAAAAUUGCAUGACGUUCACUUUUUGAUCUCAAGAUUAUUGCCCAGGCAGAAUUGACAAUGGCAUUGUAUCCUGUCACGCAAGAAAGAUGUCAGGAAUUAUAGUAACAUACAAGUCGAGUCAACAAUGGAAUGAGGACUUUUGUUA